CCGCGGUUGAAAAGCCUCUAGUUCACUUCCGCGUUCUUUGCAUAGCAACAGGAGGUGAAACGAAGAUGGCGGACAGUGGAGACCCCCGUGUUUAGGUAAACAGCGUGUGCAGAGUCCGGGAAGUGAAAGAGCUCCGGGGGGAACGGAACGGGUUUCAUUAAGACACCCGCAGGAGCGGUGAAGUCCUCCUGCGGCGCCAUGGCCUCCAACACCGGCCGGCUGAGCCAGCAGGCCCUGGCGGUGCUGGACGUGGCGCUGCGGGUCCCCUGCAUUUUCAUCAUUGACGCCAUUUGUAACUCUCACUCUGACCCGGCGGAUUACUGGACCGGGACAGCUGGACAGGUUCUACUGCGGGUGUUUGGUAUUGCAGUGUGUAGUGUGGUGCUGGUGUUGUCCCAGAAGUCCCUGUUUAAGUUCUACAGCCUCCUCGUGGGCAUGCUGCUCGGAUCAACAGCCGUGUUGCUGAACUACUAUGCGACGUCCCACGUGGACACGUACAGAGUGACGUCCAGCUUUGUUCUCCUUCCUCGUGCCAGACCUGCACUAUGGCUGGCCAUGGUUGCUCUGCAGCUGCUUUUAUCCUCGGGCUACGUGCUGCUGCUCGGUGUCAAGUCUCCGUACUCUACCUUGAUGAUGCUGGACGUCCUGGUUCCCGUGUCGGGACUUUUCAUGGAGCUUCCGGUGGAUGUGAGACGGACGUUAGCGCUAGUUUCGGGAUUGGUGCUGGGUCUGAACACGGCCGUAUGUCUGCUGGUGCGCUUUAAGAGACUCUACUACUCGUGUCGGUACGUGUACCUGCUGGUGCGGCACAUGUACCGCAUCUACGGCUUACAGCUGCUUCUGGAGGACACGUGGAAGAGGAUUCGGGUGCCGGACGUGCUGCGGGUUUUCUGGCUCACCCGUGUAGCUGCGCAGGCUGUGGUUCUGAUCUAUGCGGUGAGGAUGGCUCAGGUGGAGGUGAGCGGAGAGGCGGAGUCCUAUGUGACGUGGGACGUGUUCUGGGAGCUGUGCAGCAGUCUGAUCAUCAGCGGCUGUGACUCCACGCUCACGGUGCUGGGCAUGAGCGCAGUCAUCUCGUCUGCGGCGCAUUACCUGGGCCUGGGCGUCCUGGUGUUCAUCGGCUCGACCGAAGAUGAGGAAGACCGGCGGCUGGGCUUCGUGGCGCCAGUGCUCUUCUUCAUCCUGGCUCUGCAGACAGGGUUAAGCGGCCUGGAGCCAGGCGAUCGUCUGGUGCGUCUGAGCAGGAAUCUGUGCUUGCUGCUGACCGCCGUGCUGCACUUCGUACACGGCAUGACAGAGCCAGUGUUGAUGGCGCUGAGCGCCUCGCACGUGCAGUCUGUGCGCCGCCACGCUCCCGCUCUCCUCGUGUCUCUGGUGCUGCUGACGCUGCCGGUGGUGUUGAGCGGCAUGCUGUGGCGGCGUUAUGUGCUCACCACCUGGCUUUUCGCUGUCACGGCGUUCUGCGUGGAGUUGUGCCUGAAGGUUUUGGUGUCACUAACAGUCUACGUGCUCUUCAUGGUGGACGGGUAUUACGGCACACUCUGGGAGAAGCUGGACGAUUACGUGUACUACGUGCGCUCGGCUGGAAACGUGGUCGAGUUCAUAUUCGGGAUCGUCAUGUUCGGGAACGGCGCCUACACCAUGGCGUUCGAGUCGGGCAGCAAAAUCCGCGCAUGUAUGAUGUGCCUGCACGCCUACUUCAACAUCUACUUGCAAGCUAAGAGCGGAUGGAGGACGUUCGUCAAGCGCCGCGCCGCCGUGCGUCGGAUCCACUCUCUCCCCGAGGUCACGGGCACCGAGCUGCACGGCGUCGAGGACGUCUGCGCUAUCUGCUACCAGGAGUUUGCAACGGCUGCUCGCGUCACGCCGUGCCACCAUUACUUUCAUGCUCUUUGCUUGCGUAAAUGGCUGUACAUCCAGGACACGUGCCCCAUGUGCCAUCAGAGAGUGUACGUUGAGGAUGACUUGCUCCAGCACGUACCUGUUUCCAACAACAACGGCCAGCCACCGGCCGCAGACGAGCAGGAGGGGUUUGAAGCAGCGCAAGGAGACGGGCCCGAAGCGAGACAGGCAGGAGGCGCAGAGGCGGAGCCUGAUGACGAGCUGCUGGAGGAUAAUGACAGUAUAGAGUACGAUGAAGACGAGUGGGGGACGCAGAGCGCUGCGAGCCCGGUGGAGGAGGACUAUAUUAACGACGACACAGACUCCAAUACAGACUGAGAGAAAUUUUAAAUUUACAAUAAUCUAAGAAAAUAUUUCAGAUCAGGGAUUUAUGAGUGAGUGCGUGAGUGUGUGCUUUUUUUGUACGUCUGUGACACUCAAAAGGGCUGAUUGGAGUUAAAGAGAACUGAAACUGAGUGCAUUCCAAAGCCAGAGGUGAAAAGUCAGAGUCUCUCUCUCUCUCUCUCUUUCUCUCAUUUUUUUAUUUUGUUUGUGAGCUGAUGAAAGGUACAGACGGAGUGUUUGCUGCUCGACCGGGAGAAAUCCUCUCGUCUCCUCUGCUUACUGCGACGAGGGGUCAAAGCUGAUGCUACUUACUGUAAUCACACAGAUUUACCUCCUAAUGGCUACUACUGGUCUCUUGUGUGACCUUGUUUUCAUUUUAUGUACGUUGUUGUACAUGUCGUAAAGAGAGAAAAAAACAAACGGGAAAAGCGCCGCGUUCCACAGCGUCUUCUCCGAGGAGCGUCUCACUUCACUCUGUGUUAAACUGCACAUUUCAGUCCAGUCGCAGCUGUUGAUGGUCUUAAUCAUGGCACUUGCUGUUGUUUUGCACUUCCACAGUAAAUCUCCUAACUCGAGCUUACCUUCUUCGUUGUCUUCGGCUUUACGCUGGAGCUAUGAGGCCGUUGUAGAGGAAAUUUAAGGAAAUAAAUCCCCAGAUUUUUACACACACAGAGCAAAUGGCAGCUUCAUUCUUAUUUUUAUUCAACACUUAUUCAGUCACUGAUGGUCUGUAUUUCCACAUCUAAGAUCUUCAUCAUCCAUGCCGCUUUCAGCUUUACAGUCGUACCUUUAACUGAGGCGGGGCAGGGAAGGGAACAAAGUCUUAAAUAUUUAAGCCUUAAAUAUAUAUUUAAGUUUUAUGUGUCAGAAAUUUGUUAGCUUAACCCCCCCCCACUUGUCAUUGUACUUCAUCUACAACAACGAUAACAAGCGAUUUGUAGACGAAAUCAUUUUGUUUUUUUUGUUUUUUUAUUUAUUUCCUCGAGCCGAAACGCUUCAGCCCCAUUUCCAGUAAGGGAACAUCCCGAACAUCCAUGCUCCCUAAGCGCAAAAAAACCUAUUCAAGAGCAGAAUUAAUAGUAAAAUAAAUUAUUUCUUGAUUAGAGGAUGUUACUGCUCUUACAAAACUGGGAAUUAAUUUCAUAGCAAAGCUAUUUUUAAUUCAUUUUAUUUUUUCUUUAAAUUUUCCAGUGUCCUCUAAGGAGAAACCUGUUAGUAUGAAGAAGUCAAAGAUAUGUCAUUGCCUUCCAGAAUAAUGUGGUGGAAGAGUAUUUAUAUGCAUAUUGUAUACACUAUAUGGAAAAAAGUUUGUGCACCCCUGACCCUCACAUACACACGUCUGUGUGCUUGUUGAACAUCUAGUGGAAAGACUUUCCUCUGGAAUGUAUCUGUGGGGAUUAGUGUUCAUUCAGCUACAAGAGCGUUAGUGAGAUCAGACACUGAUGUUGGGAUGUAGAUGAGGCUCCAGUUCCAGUUCAUGAUAAAGGUGUUCAGUGGGUUUGAGUCAGAGUCAGGGCUCUGUGCAGGACGCUCCAGUUCUUCCACGUUCAUCAACCUUCACCUCUACACCAUGUCUUCAUGGAGCUCUGUGCUUUGUGCACAGGGGCAUCGUCAUGUCUGGAACGGGGUUUAAGGAAAUUUGUAAAGCUGCAAUGAAAUUGUAUACUUUGUUGCAGCAGUUUGAAGAAGAACCACAUACAAGUGUGAUGGUUAGAGGUGCACAAACUUUUGCUCAUAUAAUAUCAAGCUACAAUAAUAAAGAAGCUACAUUUUGGAAGUGUAAAGAUUUAGUGUGUUCUAGCUGCAGUACUCUGAGCUGCUCGUGUCUCAUUUAUCCCUAAUUAUAUUGAGACUCGUUUAUCAGACUGGACGCUGGAAACUGGAAAUGAUGCCUGAACUGUUCACAGUGUGUGUUUGGAAAAAUGUUUGUACUUUGCACGGGUCAGCGAUUUUAUAUGGUAUUUAUUAACAUGGGGAAAAAAUAGAAUUAUAGGAAAAAUAAAAAAAAUUAAUGAAUGAAAAUUAAUGAAUUCGAAUUAAUGACUGAAUUUUUUUUUUUCUAAAUUUCGUACAUUUUCUAAAUUUGUUUGAGAAAUUUCAAGCUGCGAGUCUUAACCCCUUUUAAUUUUUCUUGAAUUUUUUUUUUGCCUGUAAAUUAGCCCCCCCCCCCCCCCCCCAACAAAAAAGGAUGCUGCUAAACCCCUCCUUUUCUUGAUAAAACUUACAAAGCAAAAAAAUUGUACCAGGAGGGGGCAGGGUCAGUUUGGACGAAGAGAAAGUCGUUGUAUUGCAGUUUGGCCUCACGCCCAACAGGGGGCUCUAAACACUUACAAACCUUUACGAAACGCAUAAAGUUGUAUUUAGGUGAGCCUCACAGCUCCAGUGCUAAACUAAAGAAACUUUAUCAUGCACAAAAUGUCUGAUGAAUAUGAUUAUUUUAUUUCUGUUUUUGUUUUUUAUUGCCGAACUUCCUUAAUCAAAUGAGCCACCGAAUGUUGAUUGUUGUUGUUGCCAUUAUGUCGCGGGAUCUGUGACUGCACUUAUAAAGAUCUGGACUGAGAACGCUGAUCUCGGAUCAGUUUUUUGCCUUUCUAACCAUCAGCAGUAAAUGAUGUACCGUUUUUACCACCA